GCAGUGUCGGCCAUCUUGCUCUGGCGCCGUGAGCGUCAGCGCGGGGCAGGAUGGGACUUGUAGUCGUAGGCGCCGUGGCGGCGAAGGGCGGGGAUGGUCCGCCGGUGGCGUCACUGGGGGCGUGGCGUGGCGCGGCACAGGUGAGUCCGGGCCACGCCCCCUGCCCCCGUGGGUGCUUUGUGCCCCAGGGCUGGGACUCAGGAAACACUGGGGGUGCAGACGAGGCUUUAAACGCACCUCCUUCCUGGCUGUGGGACUCUGGAUACCUUACCUCGUCGCACCUACCUCUUAUUCCCCUUUGGGCACAAGGAGGAUGCUGCGUCCUCCCCAGAGACUGGCCAGACGGCGGCGACCGCGGCUGUGGCCACCGCAGGCUCCGGGAUGAGGUGUGUGAGGAGCAGCGCUGCGAGGAGGAAGUCUUCCCCUUGGCCAUGAACUACCUGGAUCGCUACCUGUCCUGUGUCCCCACCCGAAAGGCGCAGCUGCAGCUCCUGGGCGCGGUCUGCAUGCUUCUGGCCUCCAAGCUGCGCGAGACCACACCCCUGACUAUCGAAAAACUCUGCAUCUACACGGACCACGCGGUGUCUCCCUGCCAGAUGCGGGAGUGGGAAGUGCUGGUCCUGGGGAAGCUCAAGUGGGACCUGGCAGCAGUGAUCGCACAUGAUUUCCUGGCCCUGAUUCUGCACCGGCUCUCUCUGCCCAGUGACCGACAGGCCUUGGUCAAAAAACAUGCACAGACCUUUUUGGCCCUCUGUGCUACAGAUUAUACCUUCGCCAUGUACCCGCCGUCCAUGAUCGCGACAGGCAGCAUCGGGGCUGCAGUGCAAGGCCUGGGCGCUUGCUCCACAUCCGGGGAUGAGCUCACUGAGCUGCUCGCCGGCAUCACCGGCACAGAAGUGGACUGCCUACGGGCCUGCCAGGAGCAGAUUGAAGCUGCACUCAGGGAGAGCCUUCAGGAGGCCUCCCAGACGGCCCCCAGCCCCGCGCCCAAAGCUCCCCGGGGCUCCAGCAGCCAGGGGCCCAGCCAGACCAGCACGCCCACAGACGUCACUGCCAUCCACCUGUAGCCUCGGACAGGCCCUAGGUGGCUGCCACGCAGUGGAGGAGCCCCUACCACCCCUCCCUGCCUUUGGAACAGUCGUCACCACAUCCUCAAAGCCGAGAGGCUGGCUCCUGCCUUUUUCUCUGCACUAAGGGCUGCCCAGCCCUGCCGGCACCUGGCUCCUCCUCUCCCUGCACCUGGCCAGCUCAGCGCCUUCCUGGCUCUGGCCAGGGCCCGGCCACCUAUGUCCGCUGGGUGGGAGCGGGCGAGUCCACGCACCAGCAUCUCCUAGGGGCUGUUACCUCUGAACUAAAAUGCCCUGUACCCGGUAAGAUGUUACUCCACUCGGGGCCACUGUGUUUGGAGGGGUGCUGAAAGCAGCCUGCUGCGCUCGGAGAAGUCUGCUGCUCCCGAGGGAAGGCCUAGCACUGGCCAGAGGCGCUCUCCUCGCUGUGCUUCCUGCUCAGCUGCUUCUUUGUGCUUGAGGGUUGGAGCUCAAGUGCAACUGUGUUAAUUUAUUGCUCAAGUACAACCGUAAGGGUGCAGCGGGCAUGCCGGCCCCACGGCGGAGUGGCAGAGCCCUAGCCUGUGCUGCUGCUCUCCCUUCUACUGCCGGCGCUUUGUGGCUCAGGAGCUGCUACAGCCUGGGCUGGGGCCCUGCCCUCCUCUCCCCUUACUGUCCCUUCCUCCUGCAGAAAGGGGAGGUGACCAAGCCCCCACUGGAGAGGGAGGCAAGCUCUGUAGACACAGGCCUUUCCUAACCAAUGCCACAAGGUUCAGGCUGGUGGCCUGGGACCACCGUGCUGCCUUAAUAAAGAUUCUGGAAGAAAACUGCCUUUGCCUUUGGGAUUU